AUGUUGCCUCUGCUUCUGCUACAGAUGUUGCCCCUGCUUCUGAUACGGGUGUUGCUUCUGCUUCUGCUACAGAUGCUGCCUUUGCUUCUGCUACAAGUGUUUCCUCUGCUUCUGUUAUAUGUGUUGCCUCAGCUUCUGCUACAGAUGUUUCCUCUGCUUCUGUUAUAUAUGUUGCCUCUGCUUCUGCUACGGGUGUUGCCUCUGCUUCUGCUGCAGGUGUUUCCUCUGCUAUUAUAUGUGUUGCUCUGCUUCUGCUACGGAUGUUGCCUCUGCUUCUGCUACAGGAGUGUUGCCUCUGAUUCUGUUACAGGUGCUGCUACAGGUGUCUCCUCUGCUGCUAUAGGUGCUGUCUCUGCUUCUGCUAUAGGUGUUUCCUCUGCUUCUGAUAUAUGUGUUGCCUCUGUUUCUGCUACAGGUGCUGUCUCAGCUUCUGCUACAGAUGUUACCUCUGCUUCUGCUACAGGUGCUGCCUCAGCUUCUACUACAGGUGUGGCCUCUGCUUCUGAUACAGGUGUGGCCUCUGCUUCUGAUAUAUGCGUUGCCUCCGCUUCUGCUACAGGUGUGGCCUCUGCUUCUGAUAUAUGCGUUUCCUCUGCUUCUGCUUCAGGUGUUGCCUCUGCUUUUGCUACAGGUGCUGACUCUGCUUCUACUACAGGUGUGGCCUCUGCUUCUGCUACAGGUGUGGCCUCUGCUUCUGAAAUAUGCGUUGCCUUUGCUUCUGCUACAGGUGCUGCCUCAGCUUCUACUACAGGUGUGGCCUCUGCUUCUGCUACAGGUGUGGCCUCUGCUUCUGAAAUAUGCGUUGCCUCUGCUUCUGCUACAGGUGUUGCCUCUGCUUCUGCUACGGGUGUUGCCUGUGCUUCUGUUACAGGUGUUGCCUCUGUUUCUUCUACGGGUGUUGCCUCUGCUUCUGCUACAGGUACUGCCUCUGCUUCUGUUACAGGUGUUGGCUCUGCUUCUGCUACGGGUGUUGCCUGUGCUUCUGCUACAGGUGUUUCCUCUGCUUCUGCUACAAGUGUUGCCUCUGAUUCUGUUACAGGUGUGGCCUUUGCUUCUGCUAUGGGUGUGGCCUCUGCUUUUGCUACAGGUGUGGCCUUUGCUUCUGCUACAGGUGUUACCUCUGCUUCUGCUACAGGUGUGGCAUCUGCUUCUGCUACAAUCGCGAUCUUUGCUUCUGCUACAGGUGUUGCUCUGCUUCUGUUACAGGUGUGGUCUCUGCUUCUGCUACAGUUGCGAUCUCUUUGCUUCUGCUACAUGUGUGUUGCCUCAGCUUCUGCUACGGGCGAUGCCUCUGCUUCUGCUACAGGUGUGGCCUCUGUUUCUGCUACAGUUGCGGUCUUUGCUUCUGCUAUUGGUGUUGCCUCAGCUUCUGCUACGGGCGAUGCCUCUGCUUCUGCUACAGGUGUGGCCUCUGUUUCUGGUGUGGCCUCUGCUUCUGGCAUAUGUGUUGCCUCUGCUUCUGCUACAGGUGUGGCCUCUGCUUCUGGUAUAUGUGUUACCUCUGCUUCUGGUAUAUGUGUUGCCUCUGCUUCUGCUACAGGUGUGGCCUCUUCUCCUGGUAUAUGUGUUACCUCUGCUUCUGCUACAGUGUGCGCCUCUGCUUCAGGUAUAUGUGUUGCCUCUGUUUCUGCUACAGGUGUGGCCUCUGCUUCCGGUAUAUGUUUUGCCUCUGCUUCUGCUACAGGUGCUGCCUCUGCUUCUGGUAUAUAUGUUGCCUCUCCUUCUGCUACAGGUGUGGCCUCUGCUUCUGGUAUAUAUGUUGCUUCUCCUUCUGCUACAGGUGUGGCCUCUGCUUCCGGUAUAUGUGUUGCCUCUGCUUCUGCUACAGGUGUGGCCUCUGGCUCCAGUGCUGCCUCUGCUUCUGGUAUAUAUGUUACCUCUGCUUCUGCAACAGGUUUGCCUCUGCUUCUGCUACAGUGCUGCCUUUGCUUUGCUACAGGUGCUGACUCUGCUUCUUCUACAGGUGCUGCCUUUGCUUCUGCUAGAGGUGUUGCCUCUGUUUCUGCUACGGGCGCUGCCUCUGUUUCUGCUACAGGUGCAGCCUCUGCUUCUGCUACAGGUGCAGCCUCUGCUUCUGAAGCAGGUGUUGCUUCUGCUACAGGUGCAGCCUCUGUUUCUGGUGUUGCCUCUGCUUCUGCUGCAGGUGCAGCUUCUGUUUCUGGUAUAUGUGUUGCCUCUGCUUCUGCUACAGAUUUUGACUCUGCUUCUUGGCUGCCUCAGCUUCUGCUACAGGUGUUGCCUCUGCUUCUGCUGACGGUGCUGCCUCUACUUUUGCUACAGGUUGCCUCUGCUUCUGCUACAGGUGCUGCAUUUGCUUUUGUUACAGGUGCUGCCUCAGCUUCUGCUACAGGUGCUGCAUUUGCUUUUGUUACAGGUGCUGCCUCAGCUUCUGUUACAGGUGUUGCUUCUGCUUCUGCUUCAGGUGCUGCAUUUGCUUUUGUUACAGGUGCUGCCUCAGCUUCUGCUACAGGUGUUGCCUCUGCUUCUGCUACGGGUGCAGCCUCUUGCUUCUGCUUCAGGUGCUGCCUCUCCUUCUGCUAUGGGUGUUGCCUCUGCUUUUACUGCUAG